GUUACGCGAAAACGGCAGAGUAACCGUCCCUAAUUAUUAUACAGGUAGCGCUUCAUUCAGGUGUGCACUAGAUCAACUUCAUCCAAAACAAAGGCUGUUUUCAGUCGGUACAGGAGAGAUCUGUGCUAUAAUGUGAUUUAACCGACCGAUACAGAAUUGACAGUGAGCGGACACGAUGAUGUCAAAAAUAUUUGUUGGCUUACUGUGCAUCGUAAGCCUGGCUUACGUUGUACGGUGUUGUAACCAGUCGAUGUGUGCCAGUCUCGUCAGCAAGUGUCAGCUGAUCAAGACAUGUGACUGUGAUAUGUCGGAUAAAAAGAACUGCUCAUGUUGUAAUAAUUGUCAGCUAUGUCUGGCUCACCUCUACUCGGAGUGUUGUUCUUGUGUCGAUAUGUGUCCACACCCUGAUCCGGAGGAUAGUAUAUUUAGAGCAAGCGCAAUUGAGGUGAUGUCUGACCCUAUCCCAGAGCUCUUCAAUGUUCUUACGGAGGAGGAAGAUUACCUGAAGCGGUGGACAACGCAUAAAUAUCCAGUCUAUUUUGACGCACUUUAUUCCAAAAGUACCAAUAUGAAAGAUAUAGAUCACUAUCAGCACGAGGGAGGACCAGGAAUCUCUCAUAGUAUGACCAACUGUACUGUCGCUUUUAUGUCUAAAUGUAUGUCCAUGAACAAAUGUAAACAGUCGUGCAAAUCCAUGGGUGCGGCGAAAUAUCGCUGGUUUCAAAACGAAGGAUGUUGCCAGUGUAUCGGCAAUACGUGUAUAGAUUAUGGCCUUAAUGAGGCAAUGUGUUUGCAGUGUAGGGAUGAUGUAGAUGAAAAUUCACAGGACGAGAAAAAUACGGCAGAAAUGGAAAUUGAAAAAGAAGAGAAAAUGGUUGAAAAAGAAAUUGAUGAUAUGGUAUAGCAGUUUGAUUUUGGUGUUUUGUGUAUUGAGGAAUAUACAGUGCUGUAUGAAAAUGUUUAGGAUCCGAAAUUGAUUGAAGUCUUGUGGAUACUGAAGUAUUUUAUACCUUACAUAGACAUGCACACUGACCAAAUGAUACUGGUAUACAUGUGGUGUUUAGGAUUUUGUUCACAUGUGAUGAUGUUACAGACAUGGAUUUCUGAUUGAUGAACUGGGAAAAUUUGUGUCUAUAUGCCUGGCAGCUGGGAUUUAGGUUGAUCUACAAAUAUUUCAAAGAAUUUGCAUUUAUUACAUCAUACUGUUUAUCUUGCUGUUUUGUACCUUUAUAAAUGGGAUUGAUGUGUAUAUGGUUCAAACUUAAUACUGUGUGAUUCAGAUAUUUCUUACCACAUUUUCUAGAUUAUUUUCCCCUCAUUCAGUUAAAGCUGCCUAUAUAUUGGCUCUAGCUAGAAGAGGGUAUGAGAAGGUUUUUCUAUUUGGAAGGUUACUUUGAACAGUUGUAAUUUUUAACACUACAGGUAAUUUAUUGAUAUUUUCCUUGAGUGGUUGUCAUUUACCUUGUAAAUGGAGUUCUAAUAGUAAAUUGGAAUGUACCGGUACUCUAGGAUGUCAUUAUUACCAUAUAUGACUUUUGAAAGGUGCUUUAUAUCAAAGUCAUUUAAAUUCCUUUUAUGGAACCUAUUCAUUUCAUUUUUUGCCUGAAUUGCAAGGCAUCAUAAAGAAGAAAAAGUUCGGGAAAUUUUUAAAGGGGCUCACCAUUAGUUGACUCGAAGGAACUACUUGAGUUUCAAGUAAAUGUUGUACACAGAUGUUGUAUUUUAAGUCUGAUUGUUCAUCACCUUUAACUCGGCGAUAUAUGACCAUUUUGUGUCGAUUUGCCGUAAAACCCAACUCACUCACUCAUCACCUUUAAUUAAACCUAUGAAGAUUGACUAAUUUAACAUGAUUUUCACCAAACCUCACUUGUAUGGUUUUGCAUUUUAAAUGUUUGCCUAAAUUGACAAGGUGCAAGGAUCACUAUGUAUACAAAAAUGUAUAUAACUUGCAAUAUUCAAGCUUUACAUUUUGGGUAUAUCAUGUUUUACGAUAAUUAAUUCAUAGAAACCAGAGUGGUGGGGCAAGCCCCUUUAAACUGCUCAUACUAAAACAUUACAGAAAAAUGAAUUCCAGGGAAACUGUAAUAACUCCAUGCUAUUGUUCAGUGCUUAUAUUUUGUCAAAUGUUAGGGUAUUGUGUACAUAAUUAUGUAACAUGUAUGUAUGUUAUUAAGAUUUUUUGUAUGAUCUGAUACAAGAAGAGGACUCUGUUAAGUUUUAUAUUGUUAGUGUAUACAUGUUUAUUACAUAUCUCAUUUAAUAGUCAUGCUAUGGAAAAAAAUAAUACAUGUAGUAUACUUUUUACAUUUUAAAGAUUUAUUUGAAUUUUUUUAAUGUUUACUUCAAAAUCUGUACUAAGCUUGUAUUGGUGGUUUUGUAGAAUCUGAUGCUAGUGUUUCAUUGAAAACUGUACUGUACAUCUUGUUGUGAAGAUUGCUUACAUCUCAUUCAGUGAUUCUUAAAGACCCUUGCUGCAGUUUCUUGUAUGAGGGAUUAGGCAAAAAUUUCCCAAUAAUAGACUUAGUUCAAACUUUAAAUAUGAACACAGUAACUGUUCCAUGUUAGAAACAGAAAAAUGCAAAAACAACCAUAGGUCACCCUGGUUGUUUAGGAGUUACCUGUCCUUAUAACAGGAUUUUUCUUCAAAUUUGCAUAUUCAAGGGCAGAUAACUCCUGAACAAGCAUGGUGACCUUCAACUCCUUUUCAUAAUUCUGUUUCUAACAUGAUACUGUGUUCAUAUACAAAGUUUGAACAGAUUGUUAUUGGGAAAUGUUUUACCCAAAACUGCAGCAUAGCCCGCCCGCUUAGCUCAGUAGGUAAGAGCGUUGGUCUACGGAUCGCGGGGUCGUGAGUUCGAUCCUCGGGCGGGGCGUAUGUUCUCCGUGACUAUUUGAUAAACGACAUUGUGUCUGAAAUCAUUAGUCCUCCACCUCUGAUAAUUCAUGUGGAGAAGUUGGCAGUUACUUGCGGAGAACAGGUUUGUACUGGUACAGAAUCCAGGAACACUGGUUAGGUUAACUGCCCGCCAUUACAUGACUGAAAUACUGUUGAAAAACGGCGUUAAAACCAAAACAAAACAAAAACAAAAAAACUGCAGCAUAUGUCCUUAAUAUGAUAUAUGGUACAAGUUGCUGUGUACAAAAUGUUCUUGCUUUGAUGUGAUUUUUGAUGGGUGGUUUUGGUGCUUUUCCCUUGCUGAAAAUACUGCCAGAAUACUGCAUUUCUCACAGAUCAUAAUUUUAAUUUUGAAUAUUACAUUCAAUGAAUAUUAAUUCUUAAUUUGCCAGUGAAAUGCAAGUGGUGCUUAAAUGGGAGUUUAUGCAGCCAAAAUAAAUAGCCCACCGAUAGAACUUGCUGUACUAUGUACAUUACUGUAUCAAACAUUUUAUUACAAGCUUUUGCUUCACUUAUUUUUAUUUACCGUACUGGCUUUUAUUUUAGUUACAUUUUAUUGUUACAGAUUAGCAUCAUUGAAUUUUAUGACAUUUUACAUCUUCAGUGUAUAAAACAGUAUACACUUGUAUAAUUAGCGAAUGUUUUACAGGUCUUUGUUUAGGGUGUUCAGAACUAUAGUCUAUAUUUUCAACUGGCGUUUUCAUUUUAAAAGUUACAAUUUUUAUCAAUCCUUUUUACAUGUGUCUCUAGAGAAUAUGUGUGAAAAACGUUUUUCGUAUUUAUUGUAUAAAGUAUAGUGUAUAUAGGGUAUAUAUACCUUGUUUAUGAUGUUGUUUUAUCUGUAUGGUGCAAAAUCUUAGAGUGCUUCCAAAAAUGGUGUCUAGUAUUUUUUCAACUUACACCUUGUCAUAUCCAAAGAUACAGAGUAUAUUAGGUUAUACUGGAGUCACACACAUCUGGCCAUCAGUCCAUGUUUCGUUUUUGGAGGUGUAUCUCAGAAACGAUUGAAUUGGUUUUCGAAUAACUACAUUUUUUGUACACAUAUAUGUUCACCAUCGUAAUACGACAUAAUCCAUUACAAAAGUCACUAGGCCAUGGCCACAUCUGGGAGGAUAAAAAAGGUUUUGUGUACCCGUCAUUGGAAGAGCAUACAACUAAAUGGUUUAAACCAUCUGGUUAUAUUGAAGUUAAAUUGAUUAGAAAGAUGUUACUGCUGAGUGUAUAAGUUGUGUCCUUAGAGAAACGGUUUUAGAAGCAUUUACUUCUAGUUUACAUUGCUGCAUUUAUACAUUAUCUUUGAUAGACUUUAUCAUAAAUUUUACAGAAAUAAAUAUUUGACAUAAGAAAUGUACAA